AUGUGGCACCAAGUACUUUGCCGUGCAGCAGCUGCUUCAGGACCGUCUCGCGUCGCGUACCAGUCCCUCGCACGUCACCUUCUUCACUCCACGUCUUCACUCACCUCACUACGCGCUGUGUCAUCGACACAUUGCAGCAGCAGCCGCCGCCGCCGCCACCGCUUUCUCUCCACUCAAAGUGCCGACGGUAUCAAUGAUGCCGCUGCAAUUUCGUCCAAUCAUAUUAGCGACUCGACUGAUUCCGCCACCGCUGAUUGGUCAGGAGCUCCUGGCAUUGAAACGUCAGGUGACAAACUCGUCAUGGUCUACACUUGCAGCGUAUGCGAGACGCGCUCGGCCAAGACGAUUAGCAAGCACGCGUACGAUAAAGGCGUGGUGCUCAUCCGCUGUCCUGGCUGUGAGAACCUGCACUUGGUAGCGGAUCGAUUGGGCUGGUUUGAAGACGACGACACGGACGUCGAGAGCUUAUUGGCGCAAAAAGGCGAACAGGUCCGAUUUGUCACUGAGGAAAACGUGCUGGAGCUGACGGAGAACGACAUCCUUGGAACCCAGAGAUAG